AUGCCCCCCAAAUCUAGCGGCGUUGCCAAGCAACGUACCUCGCGUCGGAAGAUUGCAUUGGCGUGCGAUCCAUGCCGGGAGAAAAAGAUCCGCUGUGAUGGCGGCAAACCGAUCUGUGGGUCAUGCGACCGAAAGUCCUGGGGCAUUGCCCAAUGCUCCUACAGCAUGGAUAACCCCAGGACCGCUAGUCAGGAUGAGGACUCACCACACCAGAAAGACUCUCCUACACAUGAAACUCUACAUCUGGAUCGGAAUCGGGAUGGGCAGUCGAGGUCUUCAAGGGUCACCCAAGGUAGCCCAGUGCCUCAGGAGAGUAACAACAGUCUCCACGAUGAGCGGCAUGCAGAUGGCCAGAGCCUUGAUACUUCAGGAACAGUCCCAAGUGACCAUCAGGCCCGGAAUUCUCUUUCCCUUCCCGAAGCAGAAGAGGCAUCUCAAAGGAUGUCCGACCACCUUCGGAACAAUCCGAACCGCAAUCCCCUCCGUGGGAAGCAAAUGUACGUCUCAUCCCAAACAAGAUCCGCAUCUCCCCACUUGGACACCCCUGGCCGUGUCACGGCAAUGGGCCAAAUCGCGACGCCAGAUGAUACCUUGGCAUCUCCAGCUCCACUUCGGGAAUAUUAUGGAUCUUCCUCCAUUGCAUCACUGAUGAGGUUUGCACGGAUGUCUGUCCCGUUGCGAUCUUCGCGCUCGGCCAAAGGUAGUCCUAAUAACUCAAUGGAUUACCAGUAUCACGAGUCCCCUAACACACAGUACCGGAUCAGUGACUUCACACUUCCACCCCGCUCACUAGCAGAUCACCUCUUAAAAUGCUUUUGGGACCGUGUAGCCUGUAUCUACCCUUUCUUCGAUCGGCCCAGCUUCGAGAAAGCGUAUGAUAACCUGUGGAGAUCGGAAAGGGAGGGGAUGAACAAGCUACCGGACAUGCAUAUCGGCCUCGGAGGGAAGUCGGACUCAUCUCCCAAGUCUAUCGUGUUCUAUUGUGCUCUAAAUGUGAUGUUUGCGCUUGGUUGCCAUUUUUCGGACCUUCCGCUGCAGGAGCGAGAGGCAACAGCCCACUCCUUCUUCCUACGCUGCAAACGCUUCGUAGGCCUUGAUCUCCUUGAGAUCCAUACAGUCGGAGUAGUUCAGACUCUCCUUAUUGUCGCGCUCUACUUGCAGAGUAGCCCGUAUCCCAGUAGGUGCUGGAAUGCCAUUGGGAUAGCAUGCCGUCUUGCACAAGGCCUGGGCUUACAUGAGGCCCAUAACGUGUCCUCGAUGACAGUGCUGGAGACAGAAGUACGCCGGAGGACAUGGCAUGGCUGUGUGAUGCUAGAUGUGUUCGUGAGCAUGACACACGGUCGGCCAAGCAUGACCAGUCAUCUGGCCCCGAUUCCGUUGCCUUAUGCCACAGGCGAAGAUGUCCCUCUGACCAUGGGGUUUUACGUGGCAACGAUCAAGCUCUAUCGAAUUCUUGAUAGAAUUCUCUCAGACGUGUAUAACAUGUGGCGAGGUCGGAUGAAUGAGGAAUCGAAAAGGUCGACACGAUGGUCCGAAGGCAACUUCGAUUCGCUCCUAGAACUGGAACGGCAGCUACAGUACUACUACAUCCGGCUACUUCUCUACCGACCGAUCUUUACUCAGAAAGAUAUAUACCCGGCCUGGAAGGAUGCUGAAAGCAGCCUACAAUCCUGCAUAGUUAAAAAAUGUGCAGCUACGUGUGUUUCCACCGCAACUGAGCUUAUCCACUUGAUCUAUGAGACAUACUCGACAUCAUAUACUGAUGCUUGGUGGUAUAAUGGCUUUUAUACAUCAACAUGUGCCCUCGUUCUCAUAAUGGCUCACUCAGUACCCUCACUAUCUGACUCGAUCGAUUUCUCCAAAGUUCGAGAAGCCUGGGAGAAAUGCGAGAAUAUCCUCGCACACAUGGCUACAUUCAGUCAAUCAGCACGGACAUCGCUUCGCUUCUUACAGGCAGCAUUCAGUCAGAAUAUCCAUGGCCGUCCGUCAUCUAAGCCUAGUUCUAAUGUGGGAGUAAAUCCGGAUCGAAAUCUCACAGACGAAGCCAGCGCACACUACCCUGUCCCCGAUGGCCCAACGAAUCCUUCACCCUUUCAAGAUACCCCUGGACUGGACUCAUCGUAUUGGACGGAUUCCGGUAUCGGCCCCAGCACGUUUGAGGAUGACCUUGGUCUUCUGUCCUGGAUUGAUGUCCCAGAUAUGUGGCAGUGGCUUCGGGCUGAGUCAUGA